AAAAGCAUUGUUGACUUCUAAUGAAGCAGAGAGACAUAUCUAGCUUUGAAAUAGAGGUUGCCAAAUGGUAUUCCCAGUGACACAUGAGAGACUGGAGGAAAGGGUCCCCACAGAUAUUCAUCAGUGUGGGGAGAGCUGGUUAGUAGGUAGGCCAUAGAAUUUUCCAGUGACAUCACCAGUAAGACGUUCACUGAACACUCUAUUGUAUCUAAGAGAUCCCUAGAAUCUUCUGUGAUGUCACCAGUGUUGUGGUGACACCAACUGCCUUUGGGAUAUUACUUCAGUUCCCUUUGGGUUCACAAGCAGGCAUGUUUCGCCAGCUGCUCAGGCUAUUUCGGAAGGAAAGUGUUGAUCAAGGAGAGACCGCACCAGGUCAGAGGGAAGCUCAACCCCUCUCUAGUGAAACAGGAAGGAGGAAAUCAUUCUGGGGAAGGCUUGGUUUUGGUAGGAAGGCAUCAUCCCAAAAUGUCAUCAGUAAGCAAGAGGAGUGUCUAAAGGAACUGGAGGAACUCAAAUUUGAAAUCCAGAAGUGUCAAUUCGAGAGGGAUGAACUUUAUCAAAUCCUGGAUCUUUAUAUCUAUGAUGAGUGGGACCACAGGCUGCAUGUCGAAUUGCCAGUCCUUCAAUCUGAACAUGAGAUGAGAAUGAUGGCUAUGCAAAUGAUGACCAACUCAAUAAGUGAUGCCAUGGAGAGGUACAAGGAGCUCAUACAAGUGAACAGUUCCUACCGCAUCAGGCACUCCCAGCUCCUACGUGAACAAGCUCAAUUGAAGAACAAUAUACAGAUUUUGCUGAAUGAGAAGAGAGAAGUGCUGGUGGAGCAGACUGAACUGCCAGCAUCCUCUGUGGAGGCAAAGAGGCUCUGUGAAGAGGCCGGAAUGAACAUCUGUGACCCCAGUGCCAAGCAACAGCAGGUCUGAAAUUCUCCAGCAGAAACUCGAACAAGACACAGACCAGGACAAGAUCUCCCUUGGAGAGAAGAACUACAGGAGGAGAACUAAGUGUGCACAGCAAAUACACCACUAUUGCAUCUCAUCUGUAAUGUCCAUAGCAAUUGUGGACUGCAUUUUCCUCCUUUAGUUUGAUUUCUUUGGAUUGAAUACGCUGUAUUUUCACCUUGCCUCUCUCCAGCAAGUGUACACUUUUUGAGGGACUCAGAGAAGUGCUGAUGCACAUCAAUCAAGAGCUGCUGGUCAUCCAGAAAGACCGUGCACGUGUAAAUUUGUACUUGUCCUGAUGGGUCACCCAGAAGAGUUUCAUGGAGAUCAGUUCACAAUAUUGGAAAGACUUUGUGACAAAGUCUGUAAUAUCAUUCAUACUCAGUGUUGGAUGGCUUUUUCCUUAAUACCCCACUCCAACAAAACAGACCUACUUCCACUCCUCUUGAAAAGAUUAUUACCAUCACUAACUGCUUGUCUACUAUGUCUCCAAGGCAAGCCACAGGCUAUAAGUCUAUUCUGCAAAAGGAGCAGCAAAAUAUGCUUAGUGCAAUUCCUCUAUUUAAAGUUUGGUUAAUUUUUAAUUGUUUUGGUUAUUUGGUUUUCCUUCUAUUCACUUGAAGAUUUGUUAUUUAUCUGUUGUUGUUUUCUUCAUUUGCUUUUCUAUUUUGAUAAGGAUAUAGACUGUAUAUAUUGACUACCUGCAUCUGGUUACUAUCCAGUAAAUUGGAUGUAUUCUGGUGAAUAAAGGGGUAAUCUCAAACUCUUCACUCUUAAGAACCUUCUUUAUUGAUCAUUAGUGUCAACAUCUGAAGUCCCACAGCUAUCAGGGAGGGAUGGAUCUCUGCUUUCUCAUGGGGACUGGGCAUCAAAUCACUUCCCAGUCAGACUGAGAUUCACAGGCAUUUAUACAGUCACUGUGCACUGUGUUUCCAACUCUGAAUUUCAACUUCAUCAUGCAUACAUUACCCACUGUGUAUGCUUGCUGUCAAAUAUAUAGUUACCUCUAAAUUAUACUCUGUCGAUGAGAGUUUUGACCAAAUUAAUAGGAUAAACAUUAAUUUUUCUGUAAUACCUCC